UGAUCAGCGUGUAGGCAAAUAUCCCGCCCAUAAGGCAGAGUCUUUGCUGUUUAAUUCCGCUUAUGUUACGGUCGUUGUGCGUCUAAUUAAAUGAAGCUCCUCCUCCUCCUCCGGUUCAGCUAUAAACGCUGGAAUAUUCCCAUCAUGCUUCAGUGAAGAGUUUAUUGCAGGACAGCGAGAACAUGAGUGAUCCAGAACCCUGCAAAAUUAAAAAUGAAGACUCUGAACAACAAAUAGAUCUAAUUGAAGAGAAUGAGGGGAGUAAAGAGGAGGAACAUCAUGUCAAAAUUGAGGAAAAAACUCAUUUACAGACUGAGGGUAUUUUGAAAAGUAGAGACGAAAAUCGUUUCACCUGCACUCAAUGUGGAAAAAGUUUUGGAAGAAAAGGCUAUCUUAAGAUUCACAUGAGGAUCCACACUGGAGAGAAACCAUUCACAUGCAUUCAGUGUGGGAAAAGUUUCAUCCGCUUAUCAUCCCUUAAUAUACACAUGAGAAUCCACACUGGAGAGAAACCAUUCACAUGCACUCGGUGUGGAAAGAGUUUCAGCCACUCAUCAUCCCUUAAUCACCACAUGAUAAUCCACGCUGGAGAGAAACCUUCCACAUGCUCCCAGUGUGGGAAGAGUUUCAGUUGCUCAUCUCACCUUAAUCACCACAUGAGGAUCCACACUGGAGAGAAACCAUUCACAUGCACUCAGUGUGGGAAAGGUUUUAGCCAAUCAUCACCCCUUAAUAAACACAUGAGGAUCCACACUGGAGAGAAACCAUUCUCAUGCACUCAGUGUGGGAACAGUUUCAGACACUCAUUAUCUCUUAAACAACACAUGAGGAUCCACACUGGAGAGAAACCAUUCACAUGCACUCAGUGUGGGAAGAGUUUCGGCCAAUCAUCAUCCCUUAAUCACCACAUGAGGAUCCACACUGGAGAGAAACCAUUCACAUGCACUCAGUGUGAGAAGAGUUUCAGCCAAUCAUCACACUUUAACCGACACAUGAGGAUCCACACUGGAGAGAAACCAUUCACAUGUACUCGGUGUGGAAAGAGUUUCAGCCAGUCAUCAAACUUGAAUCUACACAUGAGGAUCCACACGGGAGAGAAACCGUUCACCUGCACUCAGUGUGGGAAGAGUUUCAGCCAAUCAUCAAACUCACUUAAUCAACACAUGAGGAUCCAUACUGGAGAGAAACCAUUCACAUGCACUCAGUGUGGAAAAAGUUUCAGCCAAUUAUCAGCCCUUAAUCGCCACAUAAAGAUCCACACUGGAGAGAAACCAUUCACAUGCACUCUGUGUGGGAAGAGUUUUAAAUGUUUGUCAUACCUUAAUGAACACAUGAGGAUCCACUCUGGAGAGAAACCAUUCAUAUGCACUCAGUGUGGGAAGAGUUUCAGCCAAUCAUCACACCUUAAUCACCACAUGAGGGUCCACACUGGAGAGAAACCAUUCACAUGCACUCAGUGUGGGAAGAGUUUCAGCCAAUCAUCAAACCUUAAUAAACACAUGAGGGUCCACACUGGAGAGAAACCAUUCACAUGCACUCAGUGUGGAAAGAGUUUCAGCCAAUCAUUAUCCCUUAAUCACCACAUGAGGGUCCACAGUGGAGAGAAACCAUUCACGUGCACUCAGUGUGGGAAGAGUUUUAACUGCUCAUCACACCUUAAUCAACACAUGAGAAUCCACACUGGAGAGAAACCAUUCACUUGCACUCAGUGUGGGAGGAGUUUCAGUCAAUCAUCAUCCCGUAAUCUGCACAUGAUGAGCCACACUGGAGAGAAACCAUUCUCAUGCACUCAGUGUGGGAAAAGUUUUACCUGCUCAUCAUACCUUAAUCGACACAUGAGGGUCCACACUGGAAAAAAACAUUCACAUGCAAUCAGUGUGGGAAGAGUUUCAGCCAAUCAUUACACUUUAGUCAACACAUGAUGAGCCACACUGGAGAGAAACAAUUCAUUUGCACUUGAGCCAUGGUCACAGUGGACUUUUCUCCCCAAGACUUCCAUUCAUACGCUUGCGAAUGCGUCAGACUGAAAACGCAAGUUCUUGUGUCAAGUUUUGCAGUUCACUAUGUUGCAAAGUUCAAG